CGCGUGUGUUACCCAGAUUUCGCAAGGUUAUGUCGAACCAAAACAAUCGACGGCCGUUGUUAGUCCUAGCCAUAUAAGAUUCGAUAGUUUUAUUUCUAAUUCGUGUGACCAAGGCCCUAAUCCAGCAUUCCAGCGAGACUUGACGAACUUUGCGCAAUCACACGUGAAUAAGAUGACUGAACAAAUGAUAGAAUCGACAAAGUCCAUAGAUGACUUCCAGAAUCAAACCACUCCAAUUGGCGCUUGAUAGCACAACGCAUACUCCUGAGGAAAACCUUGGAACGCUUGUAAAAUGGGACAGUCUGCCAGUUCACAUUCCGGCCACCGUACUAGACGCCCCAGCUUGAAACAAAUAACCUUUUCCAGUAUGGGUAAAAGAAAGUGCAACAACUCCAAAAAUCUUUCACAUACUUUUUCCUUUCCUGAUGAGACACUCAAGUCUUCGCAUUGUUACCAGAUAGAACAGUUGAACGUGAAUAUAGCAACGGAAGAGGAAUUAAUGACUCUACCUGGAAUAAGUCGAAAUUUGGCAUCUAACAUAGUUAGUCAUAGACAAAUGAUAGGACGUUUCAAUAGAGUCGAAGAUCUUGCUCUUGUGUCAGGAGUUGGUGCUCACAAACUUGAGCUUUUUAAGCUCGAGGUUUAUGUUCCUUCCACAAGUGCCAGCGGCACUUCAUCCAGAGCGUCCAUUAGUAUGGAUUCAGUAGGUAACAGCGAGAAUAUCGUUGACGUUAAUGGUGCCAGUAUAUUUGCCCUUCAAGGAGUUCCAGGUGUUAAUCAGGAAUUAGCAUCGAAAAUCGUUGAGAGACGGUUGAAACACGGACCUUAUCGCUCGUUAGACGAGCUGGCCAAAUUAGGGGGUAUGGGAAAGCAUCGUUUCGCUAUGAUCAAGCCGUACCUGAAAAUAAACGGGAUAUCGAAUGGUUCGGUAACUCCAACACCGAGUAAUGGAAGCAGCUUGCUACCGUGGAACGGACCGCAGGCUUCCAGUACUCCUAAAGUCAAUAAUACAUCGAGACAGACACCUCAAAUUAAUCGGAAUAAGACGUCACUCGCGGAAAUUUAUCGCAAUGACGAAGACAAGAGAAGUGUCGAAUUCAAUGCUGGCAUAUCCGAAGAUGAGAUUUGGGAGUUGCUCAGUGUCGCAAGCCCACGUCCGAGCGUUUAUCCGGAAUUCUCGAACGAAACAUUCUAUAGGUCAUCGAUAAGAAUUGCGACGUGGAACUUGACUGGUUUCAAUAGUGACAAAGCUGGUAAUCCCGGUGUCAUGGAAGUUAUUUGCCGAACUAUUUUGGAAAAUCGACUGGCCUUAUUAGCCCUCCAGGAGGUAAAAAGUCCAGAAGCUUUGGAUAAAUUGACGAGGGAAUUGAACACUCCUAGUUUAAAACGUGUUCGUGAUUGGCGAGAAAAUCAACGUUCGUGGCGAUCGAUACAUUUGGGCGCAGGUUUAGCUGUGUUGUGGGAUUCGAAUCCAGAUAAGUGUAUAACACUGAAAGAACAACCACCUGCGACGACGGUGUUGUUACCGGUUCUUGCCUCUUGCAUCUUCCACGUGAACAAAGUUGAUCUGACCCUGAUUAAUGUACACGUGCACGAUAUGGAAGAUAACAGAAUAAUCGAACGUUUUACGGAUACGAAAAAUGCGAUAUUUCUUGGUGACUUUACGCUUGCCGACGAUACUUCGAACAGUUACAACGAGGCACUUAAGGAGAGCAAUACCGCUGUGUAUUCAGAGAAAUUUAUCUACAAAGAUAAGAUUAUUUGGGGAAAAGGCUCAAAGAAGUUGUUCAAUACCGAUUUAGCUCGAGUGGUGAGACUGGGGCUCACACAUUUGGGAAUUCCAUACGGUUGGCGAUGGGGCGGUCCUGCCUCAAAUCACUGCCCAAUCUGGUGCGAAAUAUUCACUGAACCGAUCGAAGCUUGACGGAUGCUCUCAACUUAGUACCGAAUUAAAUAAGCAAUCAUGUGACGCGUGCAAAGAACAACGAAAUGUCAAACAUAAUCAAGAAUUUUUGCACGCUUGAUUCUAAGCAAUAUUUUUUGGUUUGCAAGUGUGUGCUCUAUCGUUUGUUUGUUAUUUUCUUCCACGGGAUUGCGUUGAAAAUCCAUUUUCUUCUUGAAAUUAACAGACUUCUCUCUGUAAUAUACAAUUAAAUUUAGAGUUACGCGUGCAUCCAAAAGAUGAUGAAUCAAUGAAGAUUUAAUAUAUAAAACGAAUUGAUCGUGUAAUGUACAUAAUGUCAGAAAUCCACCGUUCACACGGAGAUUAACUAUGUAAUUACAGUCCCAUUUGUCUUAUACAUAUUAUUUAACGACGACGAUGUAUACAAAUAUCUUGGAACAGAAUCCUUUGUAGAAGGAACAAGACUGACUACUUCCAUUUGUAAUAAACGAUGCGGUGCUGGCAUGUCGCAUCGUGAAUGUAUCCAGUGCAUAAUAACGUUAAAUAUAAUGAAAUAUUUUGCGUA